AUGACGUCGGCCCACUACGACGUGAUCAUUGUGGGUUCCGGCCAAAGCGGGACGCCUCUCGCCAGUGCCUUCGCGGCGGCUGGCCGCAAGACAGCCCUCAUAGAAGGAGCUCAUAUUGGUGGCACCUGUGUCAACGAGGGAUGCACGCCAACCAAUACCAUGAUCGCUUCUGGUCGGGUUGCGUAUCUUGCGAGGAGGGGUGAGGAUUAUGGCGUGCAGACUGAGAAGGUAGCCAUAGAUAUGGUAAAGAUACGGCAACGCAAACGAAACAUCGUCAGUAGCCGGGCUGAUGGCAGUAGGAAGCGGCUGGUGGGUGUUGAUGUAAUCAACGGCGAGGCGAGUUUCUCAGCGCCGAAGACGUUAGCUGUUCAGAUGAUCGCGGGGGGGGAGAAAACGGUAAGGGGAGAAACUAUUCUGAUCAACACGGGCGAGAGGCCGCGUCCGCCGAACUUAAAAGGGUUGGAUCGGAUUGACAAGAAGAGAGUUCUGAAUUCGACGUCGAUUAUGGAGUUGGCUGAGGUUCCAGAACACCUCAUUGUGCUGGGUGGGGGAUACGUUGGACUGGAGUUUGGGCAGCUGUUCAGGAGAUUGGGAGCCGAAGUAACGGUCAUACAGAGAGCGGCACAGUUGGUGCCAAAAGAAGAUCUGGACGUUGCAGUGUCCUUGAACAAGAUACUAGAGGAAGACGGCAUACGGAUUCAUCUCUUGACCUCCGCCGUAUCCAUUUCGAACGCGGGGUAUAAAAGAAGACCUAUAGUGCUUGAAACCGACCGGGCGGGAUCGAUAUCAGGUAGUCACAUUUUGUUCGCCACAGGACGCAUACCAAACACGGACAUGCUGAAUCUUGAUUGGGUUGGUGUGAAGACCAAUAGUCGUGGCCACAUUGUUGUCAACGAGAGGCUCGAAACGACCGCGUCGGGGAUAUAUGCGUUGGGGGAUGUGCACGGCGGGCCGGCAUUCACGCACAUGUCAUAUGAUGACUUCCGAAUCAUACGGGCGAACCUCAUUCUAGCAUCGGUACCAGCAAACACCGUGUCAUUGACGACCACCCAGGCGUCCAGAUCCCGUAUUUUGACGCCAUAUGUCAUAUACACUGAUCCACAACUCGCCCACGUUGGUUUACAUGAACGGGACCUUGAGACGAUGCAACGGAAAACCAAGACUGCCAGGAUGCCAAUGGGUUAUGUUGCGCGGGCUAUAGAGACUGACGAGACACGAGGGUUGAUGAAGGCAACGGUUGACGCGGAGACGGGAGAUAUCCUUGGGUUCACCUGCCUAGGAGUCGAAGGAGGGGAAGUAAUGUCCAUUGUCCAGACGGCGAUGAUGGGCGGUGUCAAGUGGUGGGAUCUUGAAGCAGCUGUAUGGGCGCAUCCAAGCCUGGCGGAAAGUCUAAAUAAUCUCUGGGCAUAUCUUCAAUAG